GAGCUCUAACUCAGCCAGCCAAUGGCCACGGAGCUAGGGCAGAACCUGAGGAUAUCCUACCAAUGGGAGUGCGGCAGGGUUGCAGUGAGUGCCCGGGUCUCAAGGCUGCGGUAGAGUUCGCAGCACCAGCCCCGGCCGAUGUGGAAACUUUGGAGAGCUGAAGAGGGAGCGGCGGCGCUCGGCGGCGCACUCUUCCUGCUGCUCUUCGCGCUGGGGGUCCGCCAGCUCCUGAAGCAGAGGCGGCCGAUGGGCUUCCCUCCGGGGCCGCCGGGGCUGCCAUUUAUCGGCAACAUCUAUUCCCUGGCCACCUCGGCGGAGUUUCCCCAUGUCUACAUGAGAAAGCAGAGCCAGGUGUACGGAGAGAUCUUCAGUUUAGAUCUUGGAGGCAUAUCAACUGUGGUUCUAAAUGGCUAUGAUAUAGUUAAGGAAUGCCUUGUUCAUCAAAGUGAAAUUUUUGCAGACAGACCAUGCCUUCCUUUAUUCAUGAAGAUGACAAAAAUGGGAGGCUUACUCAAUUCCAGAUACGGCCGAGGAUGGGUGGAUCACAGAAAAAUAGCUGUAAACAGCUUUCGAUAUUUUGGAUAUGGCCAAAAGUCUUUUGAAUCUAAAAUCUUAGAAGAAACCAAAUUUUUCAUUGAUGCUAUUGAAACAUACAAAGGUAGACCUUUUGACUUUAAACAAUUAAUAACAAAUGCUGUUUCAAACAUAACCAAUCUGAUUAUUUUUGGAGAACGAUUCACUUACGAAGACACUGAUUUUCAGCACAUGAUUGAGUUAUUUAGUGAAAAUGUGGAACUAGCUGCCAGUGCCUCAGUCUUCUUGUAUAACGCCUUUCCAUGGAUUGGCAUCCUACCUUUUGGAAAACAUCAACAGCUCUUUAGAAAUGCAGCUGUGGUCUAUAAUUUUCUCUCCAGACUUAUUGAAAAAGCUUCAGUCAGCAGAAAGCCUCAGUUACCUCAGCAUUUUGUUGAUGCUUAUUUAGAUGAGAUGGAUCAAGGUAAAAAUGACCCAUUGUCUACUUUCUCCAAAGAAAACCUAAUUUUCUCAGUGGGUGAACUCAUCAUUGCUGGAACGGAAACUACAACCAAUGUGCUUCGGUGGGCAAUUCUUUUCAUGGCCCUUUAUCCUAAUAUUCAAGGACAAGUUCAGAAAGAGAUUGAUUUAAUUAUGGGCCCCAGUGGGAAGCCUUCUUGGGACGACAAAUGCAAAAUGCCUUAUACUGAGGCAGUUUUGCAUGAAGUUUUAAGAUUCUGUAACAUAGUUCCAUUAGGGAUUUUCCAUGCAACCUCUGAAGAUACAGUUGUACGUGGUUAUUCCAUUCCUAAAGGUACAACAGUAAUUACAAAUCUUUAUUCCGUACACUUUGAUGAAAAGUACUGGAGAGAACCAGAAGUAUUCCAUCCUGAGCGAUUUCUGGACAACAGUGGAUAUUUUGCCAAGAAGGAAGCUUUGAUUCCUUUUUCCCUAGGGAGAAGACAUUGUCUUGGAGAACAGUUGGCUCGGAUGGAAAUGUUUUUGUUUUUUACAGCAUUGCUUCAGAGGUUUCAUUUGCAUUUUCCACAUGAACUAGUUCCAAAUCUGAAGCCCAGGUUAGGCAUGACGUUGCAGCCCCAACCAUACCUCAUCUGUGCUGAAAGACGCUGAAAGUGCCUGGAUGUUUUAGGGAACAAGGUUGUAUAUUGCCUUAUGCCUGAACUUUGUUUAAUUUAAUCAAUGUGUGUAUUAGAAUAAAAGUUACAGCGUUAUAAAGCCAAAUGAA